AUGAGUGUUCGGGUCGUCGCACGGGUACGACCACUUCUCAAGUCUGAACGAGAUCUCGAUGUCAUUCUUCGCACGGGCGCCUCCGCUGGCGCUGCCGAGUCCAAGCCGCGCGAGUCCCUGAAUGACGAUCGAAAGUUGGCGGCAUUGAGGGAUCGGGAUAAUGUCGUUCGCAUCCCCAACCCUAAGAAUGAAGGCGAGGAGUACACCUUUCAAUUCAAUGCGGUCUACGACGCGGAUGUGGCGCAGCAAGAGCUGUUUGACGCAGAGGUCGCGCCCACAAUCAAGCACCUGUUCAAUGGAUUCGAUAUCACUCUCUUCGCCUACGGUGUUACUGGAACCGGCAAAACACACACGAUGCGUGGCGGUAAAAGUCUCGCGGACCGAGGUGUGAUUCCCCGACUCCUGAGCGGCAUCUACAGGCGGAGUCGAAAGAUGGAAAAGGACAGUAACGGAGAGACCACCGUGCAGGUAUCUCUUAGCUACUACGAGAUCUACAAUGACAAGGUGUAUGAUUUGUUUGAGCCUCCCGAGAAGCGCACGUUGGCAGGGCUUCCUCUUCGGGACAAUGGGGGCAAGACGGUGGUCUGUGGGCUGACUGAGAAGCCUUGUACGAGUUUGAAGGAGUUUGAGGGUCUUUAUGACCAGGCAAACACCAAUCGCUCAACAUCGGCGACAAAGUUGAAUGCCCAUUCAUCUCGCUCUCACGCAAUCCUAGGAGUAAAGGUUACCGUCACAACCCCGGAGAAGACUCGAGUCAGCACUGCUUCUGCAAUUGAUCUAGCAGGUUCGGAAGAUAACCGACGAACGGAGAAUGACAAGGAGCGGAUGGUGGAAUCGGCGAGCAUCAACAAGAGUCUGUUUGUGCUGGCGCAAUGUGUCGAGGCCAUCACCAAGAAGCAACACCGUAUCCCUUAUCGCGAGUCCAAGAUGACACGGAUUUUGUCAUUGGGACAAAACAACGGCCUCACUGUCAUGAUUCUCAACCUUGCCCCCGUCCGAUCAUACCACCUAGACACGAUCAGCUCCCUGAAUGUUGCCAACCGUACCAGGAAAAUUGAGGUACGAGAAGUUGAGAACGACCCGAUCUUCAAAGGCCCAGCCAGACCCGCCGUUCGGCCGUCCUUGGCUGCAACUCGGAGGCCGCUGCAGCCCCUCACAGCUUCAGUGCAUGUCAACAUGCCUGCUUCUGUCGUCAAAGACCCGGCCAAGAAGGAUGAAGAGAAGCCCCUCAAGGCUUUCAGUGUCUACUCCGAUCGAACCCAGCCCAAGGCUGUGACUCAGAUCCGAAAGGCCGAGGUUCCAAAGAAGAUGUCUCUCUCAGAGGCGCAUCCCAUUCGAACGUUGAAACCACCCCGUCCGAGCAUCGCCCCACCACAGAUGAACUAUGGUGAUAUCUGUGCGGCCAAGAUCGAAGAAAUGGUCGAGAAAAAGGUUGAGGAGAUUUUGGCUGUGCGGGCCGUGAGCGAACAGUCAAGGCAAACUCAGGUUCGUGAGCUGAACGAGCAGCUUCAGCGUCGGUUGGAACAGCUCGAACAGCGAAUUGAAGGCACGGAGGAUGCUCGUGCCGAGGGUCUCUCCUAUCUGCUCAUGGCCAAACAGCACCAGGCGCGUGGCGAGAACAGCUCCGCAUUGAGGAUGUACCAGUUGGCUCUUCCGCAUUUUCCGCACAAUCAGAAGCUCGCAUCUAAGAUUGCCGCUCUGAAGGAGCGCCUCCAUGGCAAGUCCCAGGCCCGCCAGUCUGUUGCCCAUGUAUCGCCUCCCAAGGGCAGAUUCGGAAGCAUGCUGUCUCUCAAGAAGGAGCCGACUCUUACACUAGGCAAGCGUCAGGUGGAUGAUCUUGAUAGGGACUAUAUGGGUGAAGCUGGUGGUGAUGGAUUCUCCAGCGACGAGGACAGUAUUCUCCCAAAGUCAAAGAAGCGCGCCACAUCCAAGGCUCUCCAUCGUGAUCUGAGUGCACUGGAUGAAUAUGAUGAUCCUGCCGUCUCCCCACGGACCAUCCACCUCCUCUCCAUCAUCAACUCGCGUGAUGUGAGCCAAAUCAAGUUGCUCAAGGGUGUUGGUGCCAAGAAGGCCGAAGCUAUCGUCGACUGUCUCUGUGAGAUGGACCAAGCGGCGGGCACCACUGACGAAAUUGUCUCCGACCAACCACAGUUCCAAGUGAGCAGUUUGGCCGAGCUAAGUACGUUGAAGGGAGUGGGCGUUCGCACCGUUGAGAACAUGCGGAACGGAGUUUUGGUUUGA